AUGGUGGAACAUAAUAUACCUAUAUUAAUCAAUCAGUAUAUUGCUGCUUCUUCAGGGAAUGAUGAAGAAGCGGUAUCAAAUUAUAUUUUUGAAUUAUCCAAUUUGAUUACCAAUGAUGAAUUAUCAUUAUUACAAUUCAUUCAACAUUUAGGACCUUCAUUAACUUCUGAUAAAGAUUUAAUUCGUAGUAAAAGUAUUGAAUGUUUAUCCAAGACGAUUAUUUCCUUAUCGGAUUCAAAAUUAACUAAACAAGAUAUUAAUGUAUUAAUGGAAUUUUUAUUAAACAAAUUAAUUGAUAAUGAUCAAAUAUGUUUACAAUAUUCAUUAAUGGGGAUUAAUUCAUUAAUUUGUAAAAAAAAUUUCCUUGCUGAUACAAAUAUUGAAAAAAUUUUACAAAAUUUAUAUAAGAAUUAUGAUCCUAAAAAGAAUUUAGCAAAAAUCCGAUUUGAAACUUUCCAAAUCUUAUUGAAUUUAUUAAAUCAAUUUAAUCAAUAUUUAAAAUCUUCUAUUCAAUUAACAAAUUUAUAUAUAAAAACAUUUAUUCAUAUUGCAUCUGGGGAAAAAGAUCCUAGAAAUUUAUUAUUAUCAUUUGAAUUGAAUAGUAAAAUCAAUGAGAAUUUCCAAUUUUUGGUUGAUAAUAAUGAAUUACAUCAACAAUUUAUAACCGAUUUAUUUGAUAUUUGUUUUUGUUAUUUCCCAAUUUCAUUUAAACCACCAAGUAAUGAUCCUUAUAAAAUCACUUCAGAACAAUUAAAAGUAGCAUUAAGAAAAACUAUUGCAUCUCAAAGUAAAUUUGCUUCUGAGGCAUUCCCCAAUUUAAUUGAAAAAUUAACAUCAACUAAUCCAACCAUUAGAAAUGAUACUUUAAAAACUUUGCAAUUAUGUAUUGAAAAUUAUUCUAAUAAUGAUCCGACAAUUAUUGAACAAUAUUGGAUGACAAUUUGGAAUGCAUUAAAAUUUGAAAUUUUACAUAAUGAUAUUCGGAGUAAUUUUAAUCCCACUAAUAAUACCAUUGUGGCAUUAGAUUAUGAUGAAAUUGAUGAUAAUGAUGAAUUUAAACCAUUAGUGUUAACUUUAGUUAUACUUAAUCAAUUGAUUAUGAAAUUACCUCAACCAGAAAUCAUGUUACAUACUGUGGUUGAAGAAUUAAAACCAAAUUUAGAAAUUAUUAAAGAAAAAUCAAUUAAAUCAAGUUUAAUAUUAAGUUCUUUAGGUUCAACUUCUAUUGAAAAUUUGAAUUAUAUUGUUGAUUUUUUAUUUCAAUAUCAAGUAUGGGGGAAAUUUUUAAAUAUUGAUAAAAAGGAAGAACCAAAUCAAAAACAAGAAAUUGAUACUAAUGAUGAUAUUUCAUUGAAUAUAGCUAAACAACGUGAUUUAAUUGAUAGUAUUGGAUUUGUAUUAACUGCUUAUCAAGUUUUAAAACCAACAACAACUAAUUGUCAUUUAUUGGAUUAUAAAGAUUAUAUUUUAAUAUUUUUAGGACAAUUAUUGAAUAUUACUUCAAAUUUAGAGAAAACAUUAAAAUGUAAAAUUAUUCAACAAUUAAUUAAAUUAAUUAAAUUACCGGGAUUUUUAAAUAUUAAUGAACUUGAAUUGAUAUUAGGGAAUUAUUUCAAAGAUUUUUUCUUGUUAGGAACAACAACAACAACAUCAUCAUCAUCAUCAUCAGCAGGAAAGAAGAAGGAUGUUAUUUUACAAGAAAUUAUUAAUGGAUUAAUUGAAGUUUCACAAGAUAGUCAAAUAACUUCAAUGACAAUUGAAUUUAUUAUUAAUCCAAUAUUAAAUCAAUUAUUAAACAACGAUGAUACUGAGAUUGAUAUUGAGACUUUCCAAUUUCAAUUAGAAAUUGUUGGUGAUUUAUGUAUUAAUUAUCAAAUUCUUGAAGUUAUUUCCAUUAGAUUAUUAAAUAAAUUAUCAUUAAUAAUUAAUAAUCAAUCUAAUGAUAAUUUACAAUUAUAUAAACUCAUUAUUAAUUUAUUUAUUGAAUCAAUAAAAAAAAUUGAAUCAAUUCAACAAUUUUUAACUAAUUCAUGGUAUAAACAUUUUAUACCAAAAUUUAUGGAAAAUUUGUUGAUCAUUUUACCAGUGAAGAAGUCUUUUUUUGAUGAUAAUGAUUAUAAAAGUGAUAAUUAUGAAUUAUUUGAAAUUGUUGGAGAUUUAUUAGGAUUAAUUAUAAAAUUCAUUGAUGUAUCUAAACAUCAAGAGAUUUUGGAUCAAUUGAAUCAAGCAUUUAUUACCAAUAAUGACCAAACAAAUGAAAAUUAUGGACUAGGACCAUUUAAAUAUCCUCUGAAUUUAUUAAUUGAACCAACUAAUUAUAUCAAUAUUUAUAAUAAAAUUUUAAGUUCAAUUGAUAAAUCUUGUGUUUUCAAAACCAAUAUUGAUCAACAAGUGAUUGAAUUAGUGAUAAAUUUGAUUUAUAAAAUUGGUAGUAAAGAUGAAUAUUUACGAUUACAAUAUUUACAAACAUUAUGUUUAUUGAUUAAUAAAUUUAUCAAAAAUGUUGAUAUUGAUAUUAUUGAAUCAAUAUUGAAAUUGAAAUUAUUAGAAGAAUUUAAUCAUAAAGAAUUUCCAAUUACUGAAAAAGAUUUUAUUUCAUUUGAAAUAUUUAUAUGGAUAUUAAAAGGAUUAAUUAUUAAACUUGAUAAAUUAGGAAUUAAUUAUUUGAAUCAAUUACUUGAAUUAUUUGUUAUCACUAAAAAUUAUAAAUUUAAACAAUUAAUUGGUAAAUCAUUACAAAUUUUAUUUAUUGAUUUAAAAAUUUUCACCAAUGAAAAAAUCACCAGCACGACGACGACGACGACGACCACCACCACCACCACCAAUAGUGUUGAUACUAGUAGUAAUGAUUUAAAAUCUUCAAAUCAAUUGAUUUCAAAAGUUAAAAAUUUACAAAUUAAAUCAUUGUAUAAACAACAUAUAUUUGUCAUUAUUUUACCAUAUUUAAUUAAUAAUGAUGAUUCCAAUAAUUUUGGUACUGAUAAUGAUUUUAAUUUAAAAUUUAAUUCAUUAUCAUUAAUUAUUGAAAAUUUAUCUAUAAAUGGUAAUAAUAAUAUUUUAAUUAAUCAAUUAUCAGAAAUUUUACCAAUUACAUUAUAUUCAUUAAUUAAAAUCCCUAUAGAUUCAAAUUCAAAUUCCAAUUUAUUGGCAUCAUUAAUAAUAUUAAAUAUAAUUUUAAAAGAAGAAGAAAAAGAAGAAAAAGAAAAAGAGAAAGAUAUCAAUAAUACAAAUUUAUCAUUAUUAACUAAAGACAAUAUUAUUGAAUUAAUACCAAUUUUAAUUAAAUUAAUCACUACCACCACUACCAAUAGAAAAUCCAAAUCCAAAUCCAAUUCAUCAAAUAUUGAUAUCAAAAUAUUAAGUUUAAAAAAUUUGAAAUUAAUAAUUGAAAAAUUUGAUGAUAUUAUUAAUAAAUCAAAAUUAUUGAAUGAUUUAUUACCUGGUUUAGAUGAUAAAAAAAGAGUUGUUAGAAAAUUGACUAUUGAUUUAAGACAAUUAUUAUAUGAUUCCAAAUAA